AUGUUUUCGAAUGAAGUAAGGACUACUAUCGACCCAUCUAUCAGCGACAAAGAACCUCUAACGCCAUCGUCUGUUCCAACAUCUCAGUGGCCACCACACUCAUCACAAGAAGAGCGUGAAGUUGAACCGGAGAAAGAUGAUUCGAAACGAAGAUUUUGGUCUCUUGAUGAAGACAUGGUCCUUGCGAAGUCAUGGGCAACUAUUAGCAUUGACGCAGUCAUUGCCAAUGACCAGAAGCAUCAAGCUUUUUGGAAACGUAUUGCUGAUUACUACAACAAGCAUCGACUCAUUGGAGCUAUGAAGAGAAGCUAUCAGAUGUUAAAAACACAUUACUAUAAGUUUGCACCGAUGGUAAAUGAAUUUUUUGCAACCUAUAAUAAUUUGUAUACUCAUCAUCAAAGCGGAUGGAGUGAUGAGAAUGUGUUGGAGAAUGCAUUGAAUAUGUGGAAAACCAAUAAUAAAAAUAGGGAUUUCAAGUAUAUGCAUGUAUGGAGGGUUCUCAAAGAAUAUGAGAAAUAUGUUCCUCAAUCAAUUGCUCAUUCCUCUAACAAGAAGGUAAGGACAUCGGAAUCAGGGGGGAACACUUCAACAUCAAACCCAAAUCCAGAUACAAGUGUUGAUAAUGAUGACUUUGAAGCUUGCAUUCGUCCGAUAGGGCAAAAGGCAACGAAGAGGAAAGACAAAUCCAAAGUCAGAGAGUUCGACACAAUGGAACAAAUCCUCAAUAAAGAAUGA